GGCCUUGUGGGGCGAAAUUGAAAUAAACGUUUGAACCUUCUCUGUACAGCUUGUUUUGCUUUCUGACUCUUUAAAGAAGAUUGUGUGGUGUUUUUUUUGAGCCGUGUGGUCAAAGUCCGGGCUCGUCAACAAUUAUGGGAGACCAUGUCGAGUUACAAAUUACUCCAGAGACUCCAGGCAGGCCGUCUGUUAGAAACCCCUUUGAGAGUCCCAAUGACUACCACCACCUCAGAGAAGCCCUGGUUCCCAGUCCGUCUGUCUUCAAGUCAAGGCCGUGUAAAGCUACUCCUCCUAAAUUCAACUGGUCUAUUGAUGAAAUGGCCAGUCUCCAGCCAGUCCACAUAGACCAAGAGGAAAUCCAGCGACAAUCUUUUUACCUAAGCCAGACAAGGAUGGAUUCAGACAUUGAGGAAAAGCGUCAGAAUGCUAUUGAGCAGUUUUUCACCAAAGGAGCCAUUGUGCCCUCCCCCUGGGCAGCACCAGACACCCGCAAAGGCCAUCUGUUAUAUAAAAAAAGUUGCAUGUCUCCGAUGAUUGCAGAAGAGCCAGAAAAAGUCUCAGUUGCUUGUCAAACGACUCUUUCCUUACCGUUGGCUUUCGAUUUGGAGAAAAUACUUGGGGAGUAUUACCGCCAGGAAGAGGCCUGUGAUGCAGUGCAAGAGAGUCUCAGUUCUUCCUCCUUAAGAAGGAAACUCUUCCUCGACGGGCAGGGUAGUUACAGUGGCUCGGACAGCUCAAGCCCCCCGAGCCCAGAGAGAAGCCACGCCAUGCAGGAGAGACCUUCUCUGACCAGAGGAGAGGAAGCUGCGGGAGGGGUUGAACCUAUAUUGUCUAUCUUUUCUUCACCUUCGUCCUGUGGUGUGACUGCUCAGACUCCAUCUACGGGUCAGUUCUCGUCCAGUCCCAUCCAGCAUGGCUGCUUCCGGGACUGCAGCCUUGGCAGCAUCACCAGUCCCUUUUUCCCUGAUAGGUCAUCUCCUGCUCGUCUGGUCUCGCCUACAAUCUCUCCUAUUGUUGCACAUGCAGCACGCACACCCAUUGGCUCAGCUGAGAGGAAGCAGCCAAACCAUUUGACCCCACAAGGCGUUCCCCUGGACAUGGACGUCCCUUCCUGCAACGAGAGCCCAUUUGUAGAGGGUUGCUCUCCCAUUCGUAGCUGCUCUCCACACCAGCUUCAAUGCAAAAAUGAGCCCCAACAUAACGCCAGGCCAAAGCCCAGACCCCGAGUCCGCUGCUGGGCCUCACCUCCCCUCAUCUCCCCGAUCCUGAACCCUAGACUCCAAGACAACCAGGAGGCGGAGGAGCAACUAUCGUCCAUCUCGUCCUCUUCUUCUCUGCCCCCUAUGGAGCUUGAUCCGUCUUCUCCGAUGCCUUGCAACACUCGCCCCGCUGUCUUAGAGCGAGUCAGCCUUGAUCUCAUGGAACCUGUGAAAAUGGAGGAGGACAAAGAGAUGGGGGUGGAUGGGAGGCUGGAGGAUGAAGAGGAGGAAAGUGGAGGGCCUUUGGGGCAGCUGACAAGCUCUCGUAUGGGAAAUGUGUCGGCAACAGAAAGCUCUCAUAUGUUUGUGUCUCUUCUGGCAGAGGGGAGCAGCAUACGCUACGAUUCCAGCAUGCAGGUGGAUAGCGGGUACAACACAGCAGGCACAGCCAGUCUCAUUGAUGUCCUUAACUCGGACUGUCACAGCAAAGAGUCCUUCAUUUCAAACCUGGCAGAUGACACCUUCCAGGCGACACGACACACUAAAGUAAAGGUGUUUUAUGCUCACCACUGAGCCAGCGGAUUGAUGCGUUUAAAGGGACGCCUCUUCCAGUGAGAGCUCAAAAGCGUUAUUUUGCAAUCAAAUUCAACAAAGUUUACACUAUCUUUAUGGCAUUUAUGUCAAAUGAAACCUGAUUAGAACGGAGAACAGGUUGAUUCUUCUGAACGCAUUACUAUCUUAAUAUUUUAAUAUCACAGGAAGAGGACCUGCUUAUUGUCUCGUCAGUCCUACUGUAAAACACUGAACACGGUUUCAUCCGAAGUCAUGAGUAUAUUUAGAUCCACUCUGCUGCUUCAGAAAAGGGACAAGGAAAAAAAAAAAAAGAAGUGAACUCUGUGUCCAACAUGCACAACAUUAACCUCUUGAAUGCUGUAGUGAUGCUUACAUCAUUUCAAUUUUCUAUGGUGCUAAUAUGGUUGACUUAAUAGAUCCUGACUCUCAGAUGACAGAUAUGUACUGUAUAUAAGUUUUUAUGAAAAGUGUUUCCCUGAUGUUUUUACACGAGAGCUUUUUUUAUGAAGUCAAAACUGUUAAUUCAGGAUACCUGUGGUUCUUAUUUGGAUUGUUAAGAGUAUUUAUACCUGAAUAAGAUAUACUGAAUAAUGCCACUUGGGAAUCAAACUUGAUGAGCCAUUUUGUUUACCAUAUUUUGUAUACUUAACCACGAGCUGGAUUGUUGUCACAUUAAAUUAACUUGAAAUCGUUGA